AUGACGCGCGCUCUUCAGACUCUCUCCGUCCUGCUCCUGGUCUCCUCCUUGUACCUGUCUCUCUUCCUGGGCCUGGUGCCCCUGAACGAGACUGUCCAGACUGAAAUCAUCCCCGUGCUUCCCUUCUACGCCCUGAUUGUCUUUGCCUGCUACCUGCUAGCCCGCCUGGGUGUCGCGAUUCUCACUUUCAACGACGUUCCCGAGGCACACGCCGAACUCCAGAAGGAGAUUGAACAAGCCAAGGUGGAGCUGCGCAAGGGCAAGGUCGAGGUCGACUAA